AUGUUGGCAAAACCAUCUCAAGAUCAAUCAAUUCAUGGAGAACGACAACAUGGGAGCGAUGUGAGGGUGAGUAAUUUGACAGCAGUAAUGUCGAUAGCGAACAUAUUGAAGUCAUCAUUAGGCCCCCAAGGGUUAGAUAAAAUGCUUGUCGAUGAAGUAGGUGAGGUAACUGUGACUAAUGAUGGUGCUACAAUUUUAAGUCAGUUAGAGGUAAAGCACCCUGCAGGCCGGGUACUGGUAGAUUUGAGUGAGCUACAGGACAAGGAAGUGGGGGACGGCACAACAUCAGUAGUUUUACUGGCAGCUGAAUUACUAAGAAGAGGAACAUCCUUAGUUAGUAAUGGAUCUCAUCCUUCAAAUGUAAUUUCUGGUUAUAAACUAGCUUUAAAGGAGUGUGUGAGAUAUAUUUCAGGCUCUCUAUCUAUUAAUGAAACAAUAAGUGAGGAAUGUUGUCUAAAUGUUGCCAAGACAGUCUUAUCAUCAAAACUAGCAGGAGCAGAUGCAGAUUUUUUUGGAAAACUUGUAGUUGAUUCUAUUAUGACGGUAAAAGCAACAGACCCCUUAACUGGAGCUAUCAAAUAUCCAGUAAAAUCUUUAAACAUAUUAAAAACUCAUGGUAAAGGUUUAUUUGAAUCGUUUUUGGUUGAAGGGUACGCCCUUUCACAUACAGGAAGAGCCUGCCAGGGAAUGCCAACAUCUGUAAAGAAUGUUAAAAUUGCAUGUAUAGAUUUCCCUUUGAAACAAUACAGAAUGCAAAUGGGUAUUCGUGUUGAAUUGGAAGAUCCAAAAGAACUUGCAAGAAUUAGAUUAGAAGAGAAGGAAGUUAUUCAUAAACGAAUUGAGAAGAUUUUGGCUACAGGUUGUAAUGUAGUAUUAACUUCAGGAGGUAUAGACGAUCAGUGUAUGAAAUACUUUGUUUCAGCUGGUUGUAUUGCAGUUAGAAGAGUGGAAAAAGCAGAUUUAAGGAGGAUUGCCAAAGCAACAGGAGCAACAAUAUGCCUAACGAUGGCUCAACUGGAAGAAUCUGAGGAAUCUUUUGAUCCUGCUUAUCUAGGGGAAUGCCAAGAAGUAAGAGAAGAACGCAUCGGAGAUACUGACUAUAUGAUGUUCCUUGGAUGCAAAACUCACAGAGCGGCCUCAAUUGUACUAAGAGGAGCAAACGAGGUUCUAUUAGACGAGCUUGAACGCUCUAUUCAUGAUGCUUUGUGUUCUGUAUCUAAGCUCUUAGAAUCCAGUGGCUAUGUUGCGGGGGGAGGAGCAGUGGAGGCUGCCUUGAGCAUUUACUUAGAAGACUUUGCACGUACUCUUGGGUCUAGAGAACAACUUGCGAUUGCAGAAUUUGCUGAAGCGCUCUUAGUUAUCCCUAAGACUCUUGCAAUUAACUCAGCUAAAGAUGCAACAGACUUAGUUGCCAGACUUAGAGCUUACCAUGCAAGCGCUCAACAAAGCCAGCUAAAUAACUAUUCUGCUUCUAAAUUAGCCUCUUCCGAACUUUCAACAGUGAGCUCACAAGAACAAGAUAACUACAAGUACUUUGGACUUGAUUUAAUUAAUGGAACUGUCAGAAAUAAUGUCCAAGCAGGAGUUUUGGAGCCAACUAUUAGCAAAUUGAAGUCCUUAAGAUUUGCUACUGAAGCCGCCAUCACUCUUCUCCGAAUUGAUGACUACAUCAAAGUAAAACCUGUUGAAGUCCGACGAGAAGAAGAGUAA